AUGUAUCGCAACAUGGUGCACCUGGAAUGGGAUCUGUUUUGGGGCAAUUUCGAGUUCCAAUGCUUUUCUGGUGGUUUUGUUGGUGCAAGUGUAAUGGUAGUUUUAGAGAAAAGAUAUGAAGAAAUAUUGCGAGAAAAAACAGAUUCUCAGAAAGAUAUUGAUCAAUGUGAAGCAUAUUACGAAGCCGCGGGAGGAGAAAAAAAGAAAAAAAUAUAUGGUCUUGGAACUAAAGGAAAAAAUUACUAUGGGUCAAAAUCUUUUGUCUCUUCUGGAUCUAAUGCUUCAUCAUCAGUACCACUUUCGGUUUCUCAACCAGCAACAACCAAUAUGUCUGAGUUUGUGAUGCAAGUGAUUCCUGAACUUAUUGAUCACAUUCUUCUCGUAGUUCUUGAGCGGGUACAUGAAGUGAUUUCUUCACCACCUACUGAUAAUCCAUCAGGUGUGACACAAGUAGUUCCUCCUGCUAGUACAAAAUAG